UUAAGCGUCCAUCACUUAAUCGACGACGUGCGGGACGUACGGUUGUGGACGUCUGUACACAUUCGAAAAGUUAGUAAACAUUCAGUGAAGGUGUGCUCGACAUUCUCUCUCUCUGUUUUGCUGCUGCUUGCAGUCGGCCGGCAUUGAAAAUGGAGUUGAACGUUACUAACCCUGGCUAUCUACAGCAACGGUGGGAUGCAUUCCUGGAUGUGGUCGGCGAUGAUCCGGAACGGUUGUACGUGUGGGGCCUGUCCUUCUACAUACACACCCUUUACUGGGUACUCGGAUCGUUCUUCGUUUUUAUGGACGUGUUCCAGUGGCCGCCGGCGCUCAGGAAGUUCAAAAACCAACCCGGACUCAACGAACCACUCAGGUGGUCCGACCUGCGAAAGAUCGUUCGCACCGUACUGAUCAACCAGCUGUUGAUCAGCGUUCCGAUAACGUUCUUCGGGUUCCGGGCCCUGCUGGCCAGCGGUGUCGCAGUCAACGUGCGUACCCUCCCGUCACUGUACGAGGUGGUGCGGGAUCUGCUCGUCAGUGCCGCCGGCUGGGAGCUCGGGUUCUACUACAGCCACCGGCUGCUUCACUCGAAGCAUCUGUACAAGCUGAUCCACAAGCAGCACCACGAGUUUACUGCACCGGUGGCCUGGGCCGCCAUCUACGCGCAUCCGAUCGAGCACAUCUUCAGCAAUCUGCUGCCACCGCUGAUCGGCAUUCAGCUGAUGCGCAGCCACGUGCUGACGUCGGCGCUCUGGCUAACGUUUGUCAUCCAGGACACGAUCACCGGACAUUCGGGGUACCACGUGCCGUUUCUGAGCAGCAACGAAGCGCACGACUACCACCACAUGAAAUUCAACCAAUGCUACGGUGUGUUCGGUUGGCUCGACUGGCUACACGGUUCCGAUGCGCAGUUCCGGGCAUCGCGAUACUACAAGCGGCACCAGAUGCUGCUCGGCACCAAAUCGGCCCGGGAGCUGAUUCCGGAUGACAAGAAACAGCACAAAAAGUAAAGUUUGUAGAACAUUUUGUAUAAUAAAACGAGGAGACUGUAU